AUGGCCACCUCUCCCAGCGCCAAGCGUCAAAGGUCCUCCAAGGACGUCCCGUACGAGCUCAUCUACUGGCCUGGCCUACCCGGCCGCGGCGAGCACAUCCGUCUCGCUCUCGAGGAGGCAGGCGCCGAGUACACCGACACGGCGCACGUCGAGGACGGCGUGAAGUCGGUCCUGGCUCAAAUCGACGCCAAGAACACCGGCGACGACCACAACCCGCCUCCUCUAGCCCCUCCGAUCCUCAAGCACGGCGACCUCGUCAUCAGCCAAACACCCAACAUCCUGCUGUACCUGGGCCCCCGCACCGGCCUGGCCCCCAAGCCCGAUGGCGAGGACGCGGACGGCAUCUACCGCAUCAACGCGCUUGUGCUGACUGCAUUGGACGGGUUGAGCAACGAGGUUCACGACACUCAUCACCCGAUUGCGACGGGGCUGUACUACGACGAUCAGAAGGAGGAAAGCAAGAGGAAGGCGAAAGAUUACCUUGAGAACCGUCUGCCGAAGUUCCUGGGCUACUUUGAGAAGGUUCUGAAGGGCAAAGCCAGCGGUGAGGGCCCGUGGCUGUACGGAGGCUCCUUGACGUAUGCCGACUUGGUUCUGUUCCAGUGUGUCGAUGGCGUCAAGUUCGCGUUCCCCAACGCGCUGAAGCGAAUCGAGGGAAGCGGCGAGUACGAGGCAGUUUUCGAACUCUACGAAGCUGUCAAGGAGCGCCCCAAGAUCAAGGAGUACCUUGCCAGUGACCGUAGGCAGAAGUACAGCGACGGCAUCUACCGUUACUACCCAGAAUUGGAUGAGGAGGCAUCUGCGUAG